UGUACUUCCGCGUCUUUUCAAAAUUUUGACCUGGAGGCUAAACUUCCGUUUUGUAUUUCUUUUUUCUUACCCAACUCUUUCUAUUCUGAUGGAGUUAAUUUCAGUUUUUCAUUAUCACCAUCGCCACUAAGUUCCAACAUGUCAGAGAAGAAGAAGAAUAUGCGUGGAAGAGAACGUUGGGGCGAGCAAAAAGCCUCAACCUUUGGUGGAAGUGGACAUAGAGGGACGUUAUGUCAUUCUCCAAAGACGAGACUCACAAACUGAGACAGUCCCUUUUGAACUGGUACGACCUCAACCGUAGGGACCUUCCUUGGAGAUCACAUCUAUGUGAAGAUGAAGAAAAACAAGAAGAAGAAGAAGAAGUCGAAAGAAGAGCUUAUGGGGUGUGGGUUUCGGAGGUUAUGCUUCAGCAGACAAGGGUUCAGACUGUUAUUACGUAUUACAAUCGUUGGAUGCAAAAAUGGCCCACCAUUUACCAUCUUGCACUAAGUGCUUCUCUCGAGGAAGUAAAUGAGAUGUGGGCAGGUUUGGGCUACUACCGAAGAGCUCGUUUUCUUCUAGAGGGGGCAAAGAAAGUAGUUGCAGAAGGUGGCAAAAUUCCUAAAGUGGCUUCCAUGCUACGAAAGAUUCCUGGAAUUGGAGACUACACAUCUGGAGCAAUUGCUUCUAUUGCAUUUAAAGAGGUGGUACCUGUUGUUGAUGGAAAUGUGGUAAGGGUGAUUGCUAGACUAAGGGCUGUUUCUGCAAAUCCAAAAGACUCAGCGACUGUUAAGAGAUUUUGGAAAUUAGCAGCUCAGUUGGUUGAUCCUGUUCGUCCUGGGGACUUCAAUCAGGCUCUCAUGGAACUUGGGGCAACUGUAUGCACCCCUUUGAAC